AUGGCGGCGGGCACGGAGCUGUGCCCGCACUGCCAGCGCCCCUUCAAACGGCUCCGCGCGCACCUCCCGCACUGCAAGGCCGCGCCGGCACCGGGAACGAGCCCCAGGCCGGGCCCCGGCACCGGCAGCGCCCCGGGAUCGGCACCGGGAGCGAGCCCCGAGCGCUCCCCCGGCACCGGCAGCGCCAGCCCAGCGCCUCAGGCGGUCCCCGGGAGCAGCCCAGGUGCGGGUCCCGGGAGCCCCGGGAGCCGCUCCCGCGCCGUGCAGGACGUGGCCCGGAGCCUGGAUUUGCACCCCGAGGAGGUGGAGGAUGUCCCCAAGAAGCUGCAGAAGGGGGUGAAGGUGGUGAUCCAGAAGCACCGCGCCAGGGUGGUCCGGGAGAAGGAGCCCCGGAGCCGGGCUGGAGCAGCGGGGAGCGCCGGGGAAGGGACGGAGCCUGGCCUUGCUCCGCAGCGCCGCAAAACUGCCCAAAAAUCCAAGAGCAAGGAGACUCCGAGCCAGGGAGCCGUGGGGAGCGGGACUGGGAGCAGCAAGGGAGAAAAAAAACGUUUAAAGGCAACAAAGGAACUUCAAGGGCCCCCUGAGAGCAGAAAUAGCCCCGGUGAUCUGACCCAACAGGAGGGAAAAGACAAUUUCACGGCAGGAGAGGAGCAGGUGCACCUGAAAUUUGGGGUGGGAUCUAAACCCCCCGUGGAUGCUUUGCGUCCCAAGAACCUCCAGCUGUCACUGACGGGUCAGGGGACAUCCAAAAAUGAGCUCAGCAGCCCGCAGAGGCUGCGGGACAGCGGGGAGCGGGUGGAGGGAGUGACCGGGCUCGUGCUGAACGUGGGGAGAGCCCCGGAGCUGGCUCUGCUCCACACUCCCAAAAUCCAGCCCAGCUGUUCAGCCCAGGCCUCUGGCAGGAGUGCCAGGGCCGGUGCCAUGGGCUUGGAGUGGUUUCCAGACUUGUAUCCUGAUGGUGAAGGGCUGAGGAUUUUUCCAGGGAAGCGAUUCCACGAGGAUGCGAGGAUCACAGCAGAGAUACCCAAGGGUGGUUUCACACAAGGGCAACCAGGUCCCCUCUGGGAGAGGCCCCUGAUGGAGGUGAGGCUGGGGGAGCUGCACACCUGGAUCAGCACCUGCAACUUCUCUCCCCAGGGCCUGCUGGGAGCAGCACAGAAAGCCUGGAGCAGUUACUGUGCCAAAUACAUCCACGUGAAGCAGGGGGGACCUGCUGGCAUCUCCAUGCUCCUGGCUGGCUACUGCCUGCUCAGCUAUGGCUGGAACUAUCAGCACUUCAAGGGGCACCGCUGGCGAAAAUAUCACUGAAGGAGCAGGAGCAGCACCCAAGGAACAGGCACAGCUCUUUGGGAGGCAGCA